AUGAACUUCGAUGAGAGAGAAGAUAAUGACGGUGUUAGGCUCUCGUGGAAUUGUCUUCCGAAGUCCAAAAUGCAGCAUCACCGUAACGUUGUCCCAUUGGGUUCUCUUUACACUCCUUUGAAUAAUAAAUCAGAAAUCCCUAUCGCAGGAAAGGAGAAUGUCACUUGUUGUCGGCAAUGUCGAUCAUUCAUAAACCCAUUUGUUGCAAUCAAUGAUGAGAUAUGGCAUUGUCAAUUCUGUGGGUUUUCUAAUCGUAUCAAUGUAUCACAAGGUAUCCCAUUGGGAUUGAAUCCUGAGUGUUCUACUAUUGAAUAUCAGACUGGAAGGACAAGUAGUUUUCCGCCGCUCUUCUUUUACGUUGUUGAUACUUGCUUUGAUUCUGGGGAUAUUAAAGAGGCUUUUGAGUCACUUAAAGAAUCUUUAACAAUUUCAUUAAGUUUGUUGCCCGAAAAUGCAUUAAUUGGUUUUAUUUCUUAUGGAAAACAUGUCCAAGUACAUGAUUUGACUAACCAGGGUGCAAGUUCGAUCUACGCAUUCAACGGUAAUAAAGAAUAUACGUCAGAACAGAUUCAGAAGGCCAUGGGAUUAUUGGCACCUGGACUACGAGCUCAUUCGUCACAUGAACCAGAUCCUAUCAUUCAGAUCCUAGGUCCCAUUGGUAAGCGUUUUGUACAACCUGUUCACUUGGUAGAGUAUCAAGUCACAAAAAUAAUCGAAAGUUUAGUCCCAAAUGUGUUUCCUCAUAGCGAAAUGAAAGAGAGACCAGCUCGUGCAACUGGUGUUGCCUUAGGCAUAGCUGCAAAUUUAUUGAGUUCAAUUAUUGGUGUCGGUGGAUCUUCUGGUGGCCAUAUUAUGUGUUUUAUAGGUGGUGCGUGUACCUAUGGCCCAGGAAAGAUCGUUGGCCAGCUACUAAAAGAACCUUUGAGAUCUCACCAUGAUAUCAUGAAGUCGACACAAGUGAAAUUGCCGUCUGUCAACCUCCAAUCGACGACUCAAGCUGACUUAUCCUUAUUAAGAAAGGCUAAGAAAUACUACUCAGGGAUUGCAAAAACUCUAGUCACUAUGGGAUUGAGUUGUGAUUUUUUUAUUGGCAGUUAUGAUCAAAUCGGCCUAUUUGAAAUGGAAGAAAUAUGCCAUAAAACUGGUGGAAUUGUUGUUAUGAGUGAUUCUUUUAGCACAUCGAUAUUCAAGCAGAGUCUAAUGAAAUUUCUUCGAAAAGAGAAUGAAGAGUCAGAUUACCUUGACAUGGCAUUUAAUGCCACUUUAGAGUGUCAUGUUACGUCAGACUUAAAAAUAAAAGGCUUAAUAGGACAUGCGACUGCGCUUCCGGUUAGUGAAGGAACUCCAAAUUCAAAAUACAUUUCACAUGAGAGCAUAGGAGAAGGUAAUACUAAUUCUUGGAAAUUAUGUAACGCUGAUACUCAAGUAACUUAUGCUAUAUAUUUUGAAAAAUUGGACUCCUUGAAUCUCAAUUUUUCUUACAUUCAGUACUUGUUCCAUUAUGAACAUCCUUCUGGAGAGAUGAGGUUAAGGGUGACAACAACUCCAAUAUCGAUUGUCUCCGAUACUGACCCUAUGAGCUUAGAAUCUGGUUUUGAUCAAGAAACAGCACUCGUUCUUAUAGCUAGAGAAGCGGUUAAUAAACUUCAGCUUGAUUCUAGUAACUUUUUCAAAUCAUAUUUCGAACCAUUUGAUAUUGUGAAACAACUAGACAAGACAUUAUUUGAUUUUUGCUCAAGAUUUGCAGUCUAUCGUCAGGGUGACUUAUCCUCAUUUAGUCUUUCAUCAACCUAUGCAAUGCUACCUCAAUUUAUGUAUCACUUGAGAAGGUCUGUCCUCAUAAAUGUUUUCAAUAGCUCCCCUGAUGAAACUUGCUUUACGAGGCAUGUUUUCAUGCAUGAGGAUCUUACAAAUUCUCUCAUUAUCAUACAGCCUACGUUGUUGUCAUAUGAUAUUGAUUCCUUCGGAGAAAUUGAUGAAAAUGGAGAACCAAAUACUGAAGGAAUUCCUGUACUAUUAGAUUCCCUAUCUUUAGGACACGGUAAGAUUCUCCUAUUAGAUACCUUUUUCCAAAUACUAAUUUACCAUGGUUCAAAAGUUGCGUCAUGGAGAAAGGCUGGGUACCAAGAUAUGGAAGAUUAUUCCUAUUUUAAGGAGUUCUUAGAGGCACCUAAACAAGAAGCCGUUGAAAUAUUAGUAGACAGAUUUCCUUUGCCUCGGUUUAUUGAUUGUGAUGAAGGAGGCUCGCAAGCAAGAUUUUUAAUGGCAAGAUUGAAUCCGUCUACAAGUUAUGCAACCAAUCCAAAUCAUCUAUAUGGAGCUCAGCUAGAUGUUUUCACAGAUGACAUCAGUUUGCAGCUGUUUAUGGACCACAUUCAAAGGAUGAUAGUGGCCAAGAAGUAA